AUGGUCGGCUAUACUGUCUGUGCUGCUUUUACAAUCCAAAAAAGGAGAGGAGAAUUUUCCUUCUCUCGCAAACAAUUCCUCGAAGACAAGAUGGACGAAGAAGGAGGAGAAGAACAAACUGUACCUCCGCUUACUCCUCCUACCGCCGCCGAUGAAACUCAGGCUGCGGAACCACAAUCACAACCCGAUCCUCCACCUCCAUUCGAUCCCAGUCGAAAUCAACAUUCUCUUGUUUUCUCUUUGCUUAACUUGGAUCGCUCUAGUAUGGUUGCUGCUUGCAAUGCCUUGUCUUGUGUCCUAUGGCUGCACAUCUACCAUCUUGUGGAAUUGCAAAACAACAUUGGCUUCAUUUUUUCACCGCAAGUUUCACCUAUUUUCAAUGGUUAUGAUAUAUCCAUUGAACAGGACAAGAAUGGGAGGCGGAAGUUGAGUACUAGGUGCUGCUCUGGUGAAGAAGAUAAAAGUAGGGUGUGA